GAGUCUUCCGGUAUCGAUAGCAUAAUAGUGACCAGAGGAAACGAAAGUUAAAAAGUCUCGUUAGCUCUCGCCUCCAACGGUCUCCUCGGUAGCCUUGAAUAAUCGAACUGAAACCCCCCUGACGACUGCAUUAUUUGGACUUAUAUCUAUGAAAUGACACGGUCACAAUGGUUCUACUUCUAAUGUGUUUUCACUUCGUCGCCCAAGUACUGAGUGAGGCACCUCCAGAUCUGCCACAGAGUGUCCUGUUUGACAACUGGCAGUUGACAUGGACCCCUGCCACAGAAGAGCCCAAUGUCACCUACACUGUUAAGUACCAAAGAUUGUUUGCUGAUAUUUGGACAGAUGUCCCAACCUGCAAGCGGAUAUCUUUCACUUCCUGUAAUGUCACUUUCAUGAAAGCAGAGGCAGACCAUGGGUGCGUUAUGAUGGGUGUGCUGGCAGAGAGGCAUGGACUGACUUCAGAACUAGCUAGAGCCUGUAGCAAACAAGGUUUCUCAUGUAGCCCCGAAGUUGUGUUGAGUGCACGCCCUGACUUCUUGACUGUUCACUUAAGUAGAAACAGUGGGGUUCCUCAGGAAGGUUACCAUGUGAAACACAGGAUUUACUUUGGAAAGAAGGGAGAACCCUUUGAGACUUAUGAUGCUGUGUCAUCAGUGUCUUUUCAUGAGGUAAAGGAGGGAGAGCAUUACUGUGCAAGUGUGCAGUACCUUUAUUUCGAUGAUCUUGUCGGAGUGGCAAGCUGCACCCAGUGCCAAGUCAUCCCUCAGUCAAGUGCAGCAACAAAACAUUUGGAAGCAAUAGUCGCCGUGGUAAUCAUCCUGGUUAUUUUGAUACCACUCUUUGCCUACAUUUUCCUCUUUCAGAAGAAGAGAAUCAAAGAAUUGCUGCAACCUUCAUACAAGAUUCCAAAUCAUUUCUUCCUUGAUGUACGUCAUCCGUAUCGCAUCCCCAUUUCCAGCAACAGCCCAACUGAGGUCUGCGACGAUAUUUCUAGCGUGGACUUCAUCAAACAAUGAAAUAAGAGGGCCUCACUCCAGUAACCUGAUCAGGGGUCUCCAACCCGUCGCCCGCGAGCUACCAGUAGCUCUUUUCUUAGCUUCUUUUCUCCGGACUGCAAACUGGACGAGCGAGCAUGAGCCUUUCUCACUGGGUCUUAUGCAGUGACCUCUCCGGUCCGUUACUCAAAAAGACCUGUGUGCUCCAUAACGAUUUCCAAGGUGCUUUUUGUUACACGACAGAGACAGCGUUGACAGAUGUCACAAGAGAAACCAGCAACCAUCUCUGAAAACAAGCCCAAAGUCGCUUAUAAUAAGCAGACUUUGCAACACUGGAUGGAGAAUCAGCGCAUUAGUCCGGUCCCCAAGGUAAAUGCUGUCCAUUAUUCUUAAUUAUUUCAGAAAACGAGUUGUUUGUAGUACAUGCUGUUGUAUUGAUUUUCCAACAGUAUUUCUUAUCUAAAAGUUAGUUUUUCUGUUUGAAUACAUGUUAAAAUUGUGGUGUUUUUUUUGGUGGGUGGCUUAAAUGAAAUUGAUUUCAAUAAGUUUGAAAUUUGAGAUACAAGUGUUUUAAGUUACGAGCUGGGUGACGGAACAAACUAUUCUCAUGUUGAGGAACUGCUGUAAUUGGAAAUAGGUUCUCAGGGUUCUCUUAUAGCCGUUUUACAAGGGGCGUUCGUUCGUGAACCACACAAAUCAAUUGAAGGUAACAAUGGCGGCAAGUUACAGCUGGCGUUUUCAGAAUGUACUGCACUGACUUCAACGUCAUUGAUGUAAAAGAACAUGUCAGGUGUAAAAUGAUGUUGCUAUCCCAAUUAUUUAUUAAAGUACAAUGUCCACACUA